AAUUUGCAGUCAUAUGCAUUUUAAGUGACAGCGCGCAACACAACAGGCUGUGUGAUGGACCUCGGGCUCCGUUUGUCUUCAGAUAUACGCCUUGCAUUGCAUCGUUACGGGAAUAUUCAUGGCAUAUUCUACGAGAACGUACAGUAGGGUGACAGUAGUGUGGUUUGCCUCACUGAAACGAGGUCGCGCGAACGGAUGGCGCGCGUGUAAAAUGACGGUCUCGGGUGAGGAAGGCAGAGCAGAGCCACAACUUCACUAGGAUUGGACAACAGGCAGUGCAGCGGGGAUUCCUGGGGACUGGUGUCUCUCCUAAAAGACUUCAGAUUGUACAACCACGGCUUUAUCACCAACAAAUCAAAUGGCAGCUUCGGAGAAAACACUCAUUUACCGAGAAGACACCCAUUCGUUUAAAAACUUUCUUUCCAAACGGGACAUGCGCCUGAUAGCCGCACAAGAAGAGUCAAAUUAUGUGGAUCUCAACGACCUGCUGGAACUAAAAUUGGAUGAUACAAAAACAGUGAAAGUGACAUUUGGAGACUCGGGUCAAUUGGCAAUUAUUAAAAGCAUUAGUGGCAUAAGCGAUUCACAAGGAGAGCACAAACCUUGCACUGAAAAAGUAAAUGAAUCUACUGAACAUAAAUGCACACCGGAGGAAUGCGUGGAAAAGUCGAGCUCUUUGGAAACAGCAGCUUCGCAAAUACCUCAAGCCGAUGAAAACGACACGGACUGUACCGAGAAAACGCCCAAAUCCCCACAUUUGGAGACGCAGAGCCCAGGAAGCAAUAACCAUGAACAAUACAAUGAUGUUUAUAUGAGCAGCAAAAGUGAAUCGGAUGAUGAGGUCACUGUGGUGCUUUCGGAUCACGGCACGCCUGAAAUCCGUGAAGAUGAAUCGCACUAUAUCACAACCCACGAAAUCCAGCUUUUGGAGUUGGACCACGAUACGGAUUACGACUUUGAUACGGGAUCCAGCUGGGAUACCGAGGACGAUCUCCAGGUCUACUCGUUUGUCGAUUAUGCGUCUUUUGACAGUGAUGAAACGAUAGGUGCAAAAGAGGAGAGUAUGGAAAGCAACCAGGCGAAUACGAGCGAAGCAGUGGUCAGCAGUAAGCCUGAAAGCAAUCUCUGUGACGCGGACAAAUGUGCCAGCUCAGACGGGGGCCUGUCAAAAAAGCAAAAAGCAGCUGGGCAGAUUCACCUGUCAAUCAAAGCCACUUCCCGCGCUGUGAAUGAGCCAAGCAACAUCCAAGAACAAGCAAAAGGUAUAAGCCGCUAUGUUUUGAGAGGAGUGAAUGCAAGGGGCGACAAAGUGUGUGAUAACGCAAAGCGUUUCAUUGCUGUGCCGGGGCGCUUGCACUUUGGCAGCAGACUGAAACGCAAAGAUGUAAACGAGUAUUCCAGCGGUGCGUCCAGCGCGGUGAGCGAGCUGGACGACGCCGAUAAGGAAGUGCGCAAUCUCACAGCCAGGGCAUUCAAAAGUUUGGCGUACCCAUAUUUUGAUGCCAUAAACUUUAGUACUUCUAGUGAGUCUUCUGCUUCAGAGCAUGGGCUGGGAAUCAACAGGUGGUCGACGUUUGUUGACCUAAAGUAUGGCAAGGCGAGGGAUCAAAACUUAGUAGCACAUAAAGGCUCCACAUCCAAUUUCCAUUUCGCCAAAAAGAGGGACGGUAAGGCGAUAACGGGCUUGACUUUGACCAGCAUGCGAGCGCCCCCCGUCGAGAUAUUUGCACUGAACGGCAAUUUGGUGAGCCGCAAAAACGCACCGUCUACCACAAAAAAGACUGAGCUCAUGGGGAAGUUUUCACAGGGGCAAAGUGGCCUCAUAAGGCUGACCGAAACGCUCAAUUUUCGAUGCAAUGCCAAAUCCGGGCAGCCUGUAAACGAAAGCACUGGAGGAUCACGUUCCACAGAUGAAGUUACAAACACCUUGCCAAGCGCUCAGGGGAGUGAGGCCAGCAAGCGACCCUGCAAUGCAGAGGAAACCAUGGAAGACACACACAAGAAAGCCAUAUUCGCAUCGAGUCUCCUCAAAAAUGUCAUUUCUAAAAAAAUGCAGUUCGAGCAGGAGCGCAAAAUGGAGAGGGGCGAGAUAUGCGAGGCGCACCACGCGCCCUCUCCGUGCUUCGGGACGCACGAAGCGCACAGAGAGAAAGCGGCCAAGAAAAAUUACAAAGGGCUGCAAAGGCAAAGCUCGAAAUUCUCAGAAGCCGACUCCGAGUUCACGAUCGUCUGCGUGGACGAUCUGGGCGACAUAGUAGACGGUAAUUCAAGCGAUGCCAAAGAGGACGGGCGCAAAGAAGGGCCUUUGACGAGUGCAUCAGAAAGGAAUUUAGAGUCGGCGAAUGAUACUAAAAAAGGAGCAUUCGAAGUAUCCACAAGCACGCUGCUUCGAAGCCAAAAUAGCGCGUUCAGAUCGUGGAGGGACGGCGAGCUAGAGUUUCAAAAGGAACAUAAAAACGACAAAACUCCUGAGGAGAAACCGCUCCGCGAGUGUCCGGGGGAAACCAGCUUCAGCGUCGAUUCGGCGAGCGGCAAGCACACCAAAAUGUCACAUUUGUUUGUGCCAAGCAUACAGCGUCCGUCCGCGGACCGGGACCUCAGGAAACCGCCGCCGAAUGUGAAUUACUCCACGCGCGAUCAAGCAGAGAGCGGAGCUUUGAAGUGGCGUUCAAAUACGCUCCAUGUGUCCGACGCGACGCGCAGCGCUGUGACAGCGAAGUCGCCAGAAAUCAAAAUAAGUUUGCGGAGCGUUCGGGACAACAAAAGCGACCCGUUCAAUAUCGCGAAGCUACUGACUCCCAAUUUAGGCUGCAAGACAGCUGAGGACAACAGGUGCCAAGCGCUCGCCGCGGCUUUCAAGGGUGAGUCGUCUGACAAAGUGCCUCACUUUAUAGUCAGAGACAUUAGAGAUAACAAGGGCAAGCUACAGACCCCCAUUCACCAGGUUAGAGACGUGCGUAAACUGGUUAAGAGCUCAUAUCACUUUGUGUCUUUAGAUAACGACAACAAAUCUAGCCACUCGACUUGUGAUGGAGAGCACAAGACAUUAAAGCAGAGUCCUUCUCUGAACUCAGCCUCUCUUUCACCCAUAGUGAUUAAAUGCCAGUCUGUGAAUACAAAUAGCAAUGUGAAGCAAUCCGGAAAUUUAAUAGACCCCCCCAAGAGACAAUUUCCAGAGGAUAUAGUUGAGACCGACAGGUCCUCCCCUCACGUUGCUGUAGCUAACAGGCUGCCAAAGCAAGAAGUGCCAGCAGGAGUGAGAAUUGAAACAAGCACACGAAAACAAGAUAAAUCGAGCGACACAGCCGAGAAGAAAAGCGAACCUAAAAUGGCCAACCAGGCCGCUUUGGAAAAAUUGCAAGCUGCUGUCAAAACGAUGGAGCAGCUGUAUGUUUUUGACAAGAACGAGUGGAAGAGAAAAACAGAACCACGGCCGAUAAAGGACAGCCACGUGCUCUCGCUCAUCACCAGCGAGGAACACAGCGUGGACGAACAGGAAAGCAAUUCUAGCUCCACUCCAGCUGAUAGAUUGCUAAAACGAGAUUCAAACUCAAACCUGAACGAGAUGCCACCUAAAAAAGAUCACAAGUCAUCAACCACUCCGAUCGCCCGGGAAGAGCGAAACGGCCCUAAACCGCUCAUGCAGCUCACAGGAACGCCAUAUAAGAACAUAUGCCAGAAGCCAUUAGCUACAAAGGCACUGCAAACGCAUGUUGAAUCACCAGCAACUCUGAGCUCCAAAGGUGUUGCACCUAAAUCUCCGAAAAUACCCGUUUCCCUGAAGAUAUCGCAGCCAAAGCGUGUACUAGAAGAGAGGGAGCGGCCGAAUGGCAGUGAGACUGAGUUUGCCACGCUGCAGUUCACUUCCACAGCAGAUUCAGAGAACUACCUAACCAUACCAGUGAAGCCUCAAGCAAAGCCAACCACGUCUGGAUUGGGCAAAACAGCUGUUUAUACAAUCCCAAUUGGAGGAGGUAAAACCCAAACGACCAGUCCGCCUUCUUACCUGGUUCACAGUGACACCAGAGGCCAUCCGUCGCCAAAACGUUCAUCUUUUGUGAUGGAGACACGGUCCCCAGAUACCCCUACCGCCGCUAUUUACCACACACCCCUGUCUGUCCCAAUGCAAGCUGCUCAGCCACAAGUCAUUUGCUUCUCCCCUACAGUUCAACCCUCCCCCAUCCCGACAGAUCACUUCCAGGCAACCCUAAGAAAGAUGCUGCUGGAUCCCACCACGGGAAACUACUACUUGGUGGACACUCCGGUGCAGCCAUCAACCAGGCGUCUCUUUGACCCGGAAACCGGGCAGUAUGUGGACGUCCCCAUGCCGCAGCAGCCUCCCAUGACCCCUGUCCCAUUGCCAAUAUCCCCUCUCGCUCUUGGCCCGGGAGCUUACGGCCAUACUUACAUGUUUUACCCGGGAUACAUGCCUACCACGAUGAUCCCCGCACGCACUAUUCAGUCCCAGCUCUCUAUGCAGUCAGAAGCAGAUGAUGGGGAUAAAUCCCAUUCGCACAUGGGAAGGCAGGAGGAUGGAGCUUACAUGGAGAGCCCUUAUUAUAUGCCAUCUGGGAGGUCCUCACAAACAACCUCCAUGGCUCAACAUGUUAAAACCAGCAGGCUGGCCAACAGCAAGCAGCCUGUCAUCAGCAUCACCUCCCAGCAAGGGCCAAGGAUCAUCGCUCCCCCCUCCUUCGAUGGCACCACCAUGAGCUUUGUGGUGGAGCAUAGGUAAAACCCCACUCACCUACAGCGAGCCACAUGACGCCAUCUUUUCAUCAUAUUUUGGAAUCUCCUUCAUCAUCUUCAUCAAGAAAUCGCACAUUCUUCUCACAUUAUUAUUUGUGGGCCGCUUGUUUCUGCUCAUUAUCCCACUUGCUUCAUUUUGUGUUAUAAAACUGUUCCGUCUGCUUCUCAAAUCUUUGUGAAAGUGGAUGGAUUUUUCUGCAUUGGAUUUUUUUUCAAAGGGUAAUUGAAAGUGCAUUUACUGUAUGGGUUACUGUUAAAAACAAACCCACUUUAAGCACCUUCAGAAUAAUGUCAGUCAAAUGAGAGUACAACGCUAGGGAUGCACAGAUAAUAACAUUCUCAUGAUAAUUAUUUUCAUGCUAUGGAGGUUAACUGAUGAAUAGCCAAUAUUACUU